CGGUGACCUUGGUACGUUACGUAAAUUCGUUCGGUUCGUGUAGACUGAUUUACUUGUCUUAGAGGUCAGAGUUUGUGAUUCAGUACAUGGAUCCUUUUCAAAAGCGAGAUAAAAUUCCACGGACACCACCUGGUCAGUCUUUUGUGGACAGAUCUUACAUCUUUGAUGGUACAACAAAUGGUGACUGUUCAAUUUACGACGAGUCGGGUAAUCGGAGGACUUCUGUUUUUGAUACAGCUAGAAAAUACACUCUCACUUUUGAUAACUAUGGGAACACAAGGUAGGUUUUUCAACGUUAUGAAUAACUGACUGAUUGACUUUCUCCCUAAUUAUGAUAUUUAUUCCUGAUGAUAAUAAGUUUUUUAGUUGUAUUUACUGUCUUAACCUUUUACUACUUGUCUUUCUCACCUUAUAACUUAGCCUUCGAACUUCAUGUGACAUAGUUUCACUCGAUAUUUCUUUGUCACUGAAACCAAAUAGAAUUUCUAGAAUCGGUGAUUUGCGGACAAGUUCACAUAUGGGAUCCUCUAGACAGUAUGGAUUGUUCACAUCAUCACCUGUUAAUGAGUCUACUCCCCGUCUAACUAAAUAUCCCCAGAAGGAAUGUAAUGAACAAACAGUUGCUAAUUACACAUCUCCAGAUAAGGAGAAUAUUUCACCAUCCAAAGAAGUAUGUCCAGAGAUUGCUACGGUUAAAAAGUGUCAUGCCAAAAGAAAACGUGAAAUUUCACCUGAUAGUUCAGUCGUUAAUUCAUCGGUUCAAUCAACUUUUGCCGUUCCUUCGACAGUUCGGCAGCUUCGACCCAGACGCAAGGCAACUCCUAUCGUCAGUGACCAGUCAUUGUCUCAUCAGUCUGAAUGUUUAGUGAUGACGAAAAGUGCCCAAAAGAAUCCAAAUAUGAGGUCAACAAAAAGCAAACGAACUAAUUCGUCUCAUCUGUCUGAAGUAAUGAAUUCCCCAGUAGUCAUUGCCGAUCCUGUAACCCCUCCAACACUUGUUCCUCGACACAGGCGAUUACAGCCAGCCAAUACUCAGAGAAGAAGACGUGCGAAUGUUAGCACUUCAUCUACUUUGGAUCACAGCAAAAUGUCAACCUCUAAUUCAACUGAAAAUGACUCAAUUAUUCAUCAGCCAUCUACUGUUCGGAAAAAACCAAGGGUACAAGUCGCUUAUAACAUUGAAGACGAGCCAAUAGCUGCACGUUUACGACGUAAAACACGUGUCUCUUAUACGGGAACAAAAACUUCAAUGUAAAUAAUAGUAUAUAACUAUAUAUAUUUUGUACAAAGUACUUUGAAAUCAUACAUUUAUCUCCAUUCAAUAGUUAUCUUGUCAUUCCAAAUUACAAUGUUUACAUUUUCCUUUCUCCAUGUGUCUAUUUACAUUUGUAGUUAUAACUAACUAUCUUGAAUGAAUCAUACUACUUAUAGGUUAAUUUUGUUAUAUUCAUUCCAUUCCAUUCCAUUCCAUUCAUUUCUUCUCUUCAAUUAUUAUCUCUCUUUCCUUGAAUGUAUACUUUUGCAUAGAUUUGCUUUUGUAUUUUCUUUUUCUUCACAAUUUUACAAUAGGA